AUGUUGUCCCUUGUCCUUACGGUCUUCUUCGUGCACGUCGCAAUUUACCUGGUCAACACGAUCGGUGCGAGUACAGUCGAUAGUCUUCUAUGGCUCCUUUACCUAAAACUGCCGACGCCAACUUCGAGGACUGCACGCAAGCAGCAGCUGCUGAAGCGCCAAGUCCUCGAGCAGAAGCACGAAAUGAACAGCACAAGCUCCCAGGAUGAGUUUGCAAAGUGGGCGAAGGCCAGAAGACGACACGACAAGACCAUGGAGGAAUACGAGGCGCUGAACAAGAAGCUCACGUCGCAGAAAUCCUCCUUCGACUGGAUCGUCAAGAUCGCCCGCUGGCUUUGCACGAAUGGGUUGAAGAUGUUCCUGCAGUUCUGGUACUCGAAGACACCCGUUUUCCCGCUCCCCGAGGCCUGGUUCCCCUACUACGUUGAAUGGAUUCUCUCCUUCCCUCGGGCCCCGUUGGGAUCCGUGAGCAUCCAGGUUUGGAGCAAUGUCUGUGCGACUACCAUUGCGUUCGCCGCCGAGAUUGUGGGAGCAUCGCUGGUGCAGGUGGUUGGCCAGAAGAAGGAACAGAAGGAGGCGGUGCCGGUUGGAGCUGAGGACAAGGCACAGUGA